AUGUUGGAUUUCGGACUCCGCGUACUGCCGCUGAUAUCAAGGCUCCCCAAAUCCCCAAGAAGGCCUUGGCAACGUGCUCCGUGUCGACGUACCAUCCUGCUGUUAACAAGGCGCGGCGUAGCGUCCGCCAGCUCCAACCAGCGAAAGCCGUACUAUGUUACGACGCCCAUCUUCUAUGUCAAUGCCUCACCCCACGUCGGACACCUGUAUACCCUCGUUUUGGCAGAUAUCUUGAAGAGAUGGCAAGUCCUGCUCGGCAACAACGAUGCCCAAUUGCUUACAGGGACGGACGAGCAUGGGAUAAAGAUCCAGCAAGCGGCCGCUUCGCACGGUCUCGAGCCCAUUAAACUAUGUGAUCAGAACUGCCAGACCUUCAAGGACCUGGCUCAAAAAGCCAAUGUUCAGCACGACCACUUUAUUCGGACCACAGACCCCGAGCAUCGCGAUGCAGUUCAGUACUUCUGGGAAAUGCUUGACCAUCGGGGCUAUAUCUAUACAGCAAAACAUGAAGGAUGGUAUUCCGUGAGCGACGAAACGUUUUACCCUUCCAACGCCGUCCAUGCAACGCUUGACCCGGCGACCGGUCGCAAAAUAAUGUCGACAAUUGAGACAGGCAAAGAAGUAGAAUGGUUCUCCGAGACUAAUUAUCACUUCCGGCUUUCCGCAUUCAAGGAUAGACUGCUCGACUUCUACCGUGAGAAUCCAACGUUCAUCCGCCCGAAGAGAUACAUGGACAAUAUUGUGCAGUCGGUAUCGUCAGGACUGACCGACCUGUCGAUUUCACGACCAGUCCAACGGUUAACAUGGGGCAUCCGUGUCCCCGGUGACGAUACUCAAACGAUUUACGUUUGGCUUGACGCGCUCAUCAAUUAUCUCACGUAUGCGGGAUAUCCUUUUACUCCCGGGAAGGAAAACCAAAGUAUAUGGCCUGCGAACGUACACGUGGUUGGUAAAGACAUUCUUAGGUUUCACUGCGUCUACUGGCCAGCCUUCCUCAUGGCUCUAGACCUUCCAUUGCCACGCCAAGUUCUGUCCCACGCCCACUGGACGAUAGGGCGGGAGAAAAUGUCAAAAUCUACCGGUAACGUGGUGAAUCCGAUGUAUGCGCUAGCCCGCUUUGGCGUGGAUCCGCUGCGAUUCUACCUCGCUCACGACGGAGGUCUCUCCGAUGAUGCCGAUUAUGAAAAUGCGUUUGUCACCGAGCGGUACAAGAAAACGUUACAAUGGGGGGUCGGGAAUCUGACAAGUCGACUUGUGCGGUCAAAAAAAUGGAACGUUCGAAGAAGCAUAGAAUGGGGCGUGGAAGGCCGAUUUCCGCCGCCGUCUGAGGCCGAUCGAAAGCAUCAGCAGCUAUUGGAAGGGAUCCGUGACGUUACAAGAUCCUGGAUGGACGAUUUGAACCCACGAAAGGCGGCUGAAAGCGUAGUAGGCAUUAUUCACGAGUCUGGAAACACCGAGCCAACUGAACUCAGCCGUGUGAUAUAUAACACCGCAGAAUCCUUGCGAAUUGCCGGGAUUCUCCUACAGCCGUUCAUGCCAGAGAAAUCGGCACGACUUCUCGAUAUGCUUGGCGUUGCGGGGGAUCCUGAGAAGAGAAGUUUCGAAGCAGCGAUCUUUGGCGCGGAUGAGCACUACGGCGUGCCGCUGGUGGAGUUGAAGAAGGGCACAGAAGCGACACUCUUCCCCCCUCUUGUGACUGAGAAUUGA